GUUUUCAAGCAGAGUCGUUGCUUUCUUGUAGUACCGACCAGCCACUUCACGCGCAUCGGAAACUCCAUCACACGCUUGGCUCCUGAUUUCAUGAAGCUAUUGCUUGGUAAUGGAAUCCUGUCGCGUAUGCAGGCGCAGUGUGGUUACGCUCCGUGUCUGGCAUCCGACAAGUUGCAUCGCAGAUGCGAUAUCGCGUGACGUUCCUCAUGCAGUCAUCUGAGACGCAAUAUUCGCUGUAUACCAACCCCGCUCUGUAUAAUGGGACUUCAGAUGCCUCGUGGCACUUGUCUUUAUUGACAAUGAUACUUGUCAGGAACCAUCGAAACUGUAGGCUUUAAUCUAUGUUGUAUGGCCGCCACGCAACUCGCGAUCUCCAGAACUGUCUGCCGUCGACAUUGCAGACAACAGGAUUCUCCCAAUACGCCCCGAGUAAGGCGAUUUCUGUUGGGAGCAUGUCCAAGUCUGGCAGGAAUUAACAUACAGUACUAUUUCAUCAGCCAUGCCCCUACUUUCAGCUUUUCGGAUGACAAGCCCGGAACCCGGUUAGCCGGCAGGGACAUAUCAGUGGCGCAUAUAACUCACCAUGGCUUGUCACCCGGUUUUCAGCUCUUCUCGACAGGCAUGGGACACAGUCCUGGUAGCCCUCAAGAAUGUGUGAGAUGGUUUCAUUCGACAAUGCAUGAGGACAUUCCUGGCGCGGCUUAUACUAAGCGGCUUCAUGUGAGGCACCGACACGGGUCUCGCAUGAAGACCAGAAUGCCCUCGGCACAGCAUUGUGUGUGGCGAUUGACUGACCUCAUCCCGUUACUAAAGCGGCACUGCGGGGUCGUGAAGUACGCAUCGGCAUUCCGUCGACAUGUAUGGCAGCGGAACAAAACCCUCUCCCCAUGGUUUCGCAUAGUGUGUGCCAUAUGGAGUGUUUGCAUUGGACUACACGCUCACAUAGAACGAACGAUCGGACCCGUGUCUCGAUCUCAUUACAAUGACUGCCGAGGUCUGAUCUUCCAUGCGUGGAGUAGCCCGUCGACGGCGGGAAGUAACUGGUUCGUUGAGUUUCCCAGCCCAAGUUGCAUCAGCUUGGACUCGCUGGGCGAGGCCGCAAGUAAGCCCAUACCGAAACGGAGACAAUGCCGGUGGUUGCGAGAUAUCUACCGCUGAAAGUCACUUUUCUGUAGGCCGCGUGCAACUUAUACAGAAGGUGCUGCCGACAGCUCCAGUUGAACACCGACUUUGCUCUGGCUGUACAACGACAAUCAAGUAGAGAAUACACAAGACGGACAAGUGAUGUCGGAAU